GCUGACAGUGGAGGAAGAUGGCGGCGCCCAGUCGCCCUACGCCGGUGUUCGGACAUGUGGGUCGCGGCGCCUUCAGCGACGUGUAUGAGCCUGCGGAGGACACGUUCCUGCUGCUGGACGCGCUCGAGGCGGCGGCGGCGGAGCUGGCGGGAGUGGAAAUAUGCCUUGAAGUUGGGGCAGGAUCUGGUGUGGUGUCUACAUUCUUAGCUUCUAUGAUAGGUCCUCAGGCUUUGUACAUGUGCACUGACGUCAACCCCAACGCAGCUGCGUGUGCCCUGGAGACGGCACACUGUAAUAAAGUCCACAUUCAGCCAAUAAUUACAGAUUUGGUCAAAGGUUUGCUGCCCAGACUGAAGGGAAAAGUUGAUCUGCUGGUGUUUAAUCCCCCCUAUGUAGUCACCCCACCUGAAGAGGUAGGAAGUCGUGGAAUAGAAGCUGCAUGGGCUGGUGGCAGAGACGGUCGGGAAGUCAUGGACAGAUUCUUCCCAUUAGCUUCAGAACUGCUUUCCCCAAGAGGACUGUUCUACUUAGUUACCAUAAGAGAAAACAACCCAGAGGAGAUUUUGAAAACAUUGAAGACAAAAGGUCUGCAAGGGACCACUGCACUCUCCAGGCAAGCGGGCCAAGAAAUCCUUUCAGUCCUCAAGUUUACUAAGCCCGAGCACACUGAGAGCUACUGAAGUGUGCAAGAGCUGCAGGAACUGAAGACGCUCAGUUCAUUCCUUGGCUAAGACAUUUUCUCAGAAAUCUGUGGUAAAGAAAAAGUGGAAGGAUGGGGCAUUUCCUUUUCAGGGAAUUAGGCCUACAGAUAUUUAUACAUGUGCAAGUAAAUGUGUACAUUUAUGAUUUGCAUUUUAUAUUUAUAUGAGAGGACGCUUGAUUCAACAUUAGUUAUACUAGCAAAGCAAUAGAAUCACCCUAAAUGCCUAUCAGAAAGGAAAUUGGUUAUACUACAGUGGUCUGUCCAUGUCACUGAACAUGUCAUGAAAUGGGCUGGGUCUGUAUCUCCUGAGCCAGCAGCCCUUUGCUACUGCUUACUACUGAGUGAAAAGAGGAAGCAGCAAAGAGAAAAACCUACUGAGCCCGUAUAUUUAUGUGUCUGUGAAAGUCUGAGAAGAUAAACAGCAACAGCAAGAACUUUACUCUUUUGCGGUGACAUUUAUUUUGCACAAUGAUAUUUAAGAAUGACAGUGGGUUAUCAUGAACUCACUGUGGUGGCAACUUUAACUGCAGACAGUAUACCAGUUGUUUCAUUUUGAGCAAAUCAGUAUCGCUCAGUGCCCACUACAGAAGUAUUGAUCAGGCAGAUGGCUUUUUCUCCAUUCUCAUUCAUAAAGCCCCACCAGAGGCCAUUGAUUUCAUCAGAGAAGUCCAGCAGUACACCUCAAUGUCCUCCGUUGGGUACAAAGGUAACCUCAGAUGAUUACUUUGUAAGAUCUUGACCACUGUGCUGGAUAGUGAUAGUGUCAACUUGACACACCUGGGUUGAGGGAGCCUCAACUGAGGAAUUGCCUCCAUA